CUAAAAGAACUUUUAUCUGUAGCUCAAGACGCAGGAAGAUUUAAGGAGGAAAUAGUCCCAAUUCCGGUAAAAGUAAAAAAAGAUACUGUAAAUUUUGAGAUUGAUGAACAUCCAAGACCCCAGACUACAAUUGAAGGUUUAAAGAAACUCCCUACCUUAUUUAAAAAAAAUGGAGUAGUAACUGCAGGAUCAGCUUCGGGUGUCUGCGAUGGAGCAGCAGCUGUAGUCUUAGCCAGUGAAGAGGCUGCAACAAAACAUAAUUUGAAACCACUGGCAAGAAUACUGGGCUAUUCUGUAGUAGGAGUAGAACCUUCUAUAAUGGGCAUUGGUCCUGCACCUGCUAUUAGAAAUUUACUGAAAGUAACAGGAAAGUCAUUGAAUGACAUUGAUUUAAUUGAGAUCAAUGAAGCUUUUGGUGCUCAAACUUUGGCAUGUGCCAAAGAAUUAAAUUUAGAUUUAAGUAUAUUAAACGUUGAUGGAGGAGCUAUUGCAUUAGGACAUCCUCUUGGUGCUUCAGGUUCCAGAAUUACUGGACAUCUCGUUAAUGAAUUAAGGAGAAGGAAAGCUAAACUUGGUAUUGGAUCGGCUUGCAUUGGUGGAGGUCAAGGAAUCGCUGUGAUGGUUGAAGCUUUAUAAAUAGAAGACUUUAUUAAAAGACUUAUAAAUAUAUCUAUGAAUUAUAUGUACUAUAUGCCUCUUGUAAUUUACACAUAUCAAUAAAUAUAUAUUUUUUUCUAUACCAAAAUAUUAUCUGCUGUCAAUAGUACAAUCAAAAAUAUAUUUUUGUAUCAGAAGAA